GCUCCGGAAAGAAAACACACACUGUCAUUUCCGAAAUUGCACUUGUCCUAAUAGCACACACAUUUGGAAGCUCUGUGAACUAAUUAACUGUAAGAAACACGCCACUCAAAACAGGAAAAAGUUGGAUUACACACAAUCCAUUAAUACCACUGGUCGACAAUUUAAAUUGAUGCACUAGAUGACGGAGAGAAAAUAUUGAAGGAAAACUAAAUACACGGCUGAAAAUCUGCUGAUCAUGGCUCAACCUACAAACGCAGAUCCGGGUCACACAACCAUGGUGUACCAUCAACAAACGGGUCAGAUCUCUCAGCAACCCAUUCCCGCCACACUGGUUGCUCCGAAACCUACAACGGGAUCUCCGGCAGAGCGACGGGGUGGAUCCAGCUAUGCUGUGCUGUAGGGGCGACCCUGGUAGGAGUGGCGACGUUCCUACUUGGAUCCUACGCCCGUCGCAUUGCAGGCGGGAUAUGGAUGAGUCUUCUGUGCUUUGGACCUGCUGGAGUACUUGGUAUUGUUAGUUUCAGAAAAAGAACGUGUGUGAUAUCAGCUUACAUCACCAUGUCUGUGUUCUCCGCCAUCUUUGCAUUUUACAUGAUGAUCAUUGGGGCCAUAGGUGCUCCAAUUAGUGAAUCACGUGGAUGCAACGCGAUACCCUGUAAAGAAGGUUUAGUGGAGUCUCGAACUGCCUCGGAUGCUAUCAUGAGUGUAAUCGGGUUGAUCGAGUUGAUAGUUGCUAUUGUAGGAUCAGUUUACGGCUGUUCCGGAGUGUGUUGCACCCCACAAUCUUCAAGACCACUGCAAGGAUUUAACGUGGUCAACCAAUACCCUGCGAUUGUCUCAACACAUCAACAAGGUUUGUCGUACGUUUCAACGGACCAACCACCUCCUUACAGCACCGCCCAACAGCAACUGCAACUGACACCCACACCGCAACAGAUCCACGUACCGCAACAAACAUUCCCACAUCAGCACACUAAUCCAUCGCAGCAGACUCGUAUACAGCAACAAACACCCACGCCACAACAGAUUCACGUACCGCAACAGACGUUCCCGAAUCAGCAGACGCGUAUACAACAGAUUCACGUACCGCAACAGACGUUCCCGAAUCAGCAGACUCGUAUACAACAGAUUCACGUAUCGCAACAGACGUUCCCGAAUCAGCAGACUCGUAUACAACAACAGACACCCACACCACAACAAGUUCACUUGCCCCAGCAGACAUUCUCACACCAACAGAUAUUCCCGCAUCAGCAGACUUAUCCACAGCAGCAGUCUAUUUUACCGCAACAGACACCCACAGCGCAACAAGUUCACUUGCCCCAGCAGGCCUUCCCAAAUCAACAGACAUUCCAGCAUCAGCAAACACCUCCACAGCAGGAGACUAACGCUACACCACAACAGACUAACUCGCACCAAUUCUACCAGCCCCUUAUCCUUCCAAACAACCAAGGGAGGUAGAACCCAGGACAUACAGACAAUCUGCCGCAGAAAUGAAAAUCGUCAAUCCAUACUUCAUCGGCAGAUUUUCCUUUGGACAAUGCUGACAAUGUAGGAAGCUGCAGCUGAAAAUUAUUGUACAGUUACACUAUACAAUUUAGUUUAAAAUAAAAUUAACUCAUAAAUACUUUCUUUUGAAUUAGACAUUAUUGAUUCCUCCUACAUUGAAUGAUUUAGUUUUUCUCCGAGGGGGAUGACUUUGAAAGGAAAAUCCAGGCGAUGCAAUUAUUUGUUGAUGGUCAUGUGGGGUAUGACCUUUCAUUCGUUACAAUAUAUUCUAAAUAUUGUAUGCCACAGUAACAACACUGUAGGCUUAUCCAAAAUAUUUAUAUGCUGCAUGGUGUCAAAGAUUAUUUGCUUUUACUCCAAUAUGAACGCCAAUUCUAGAUUUAGAAGUGCUGGGACGUUUAUGUGAUAAUGUUAUUUGUUUUUGAAACCAGAUUAUGUAAAGAAUUAUCAAUUAGAAUGUUUU